AGAUCUAGAUACUCAGAUAGCUGUAAGUAAAUUGGCUUGAAGUGACCAUCGCAUGGCAUGCUAGCAUCAUAAUGAAAAGCUAAAGUUGGUUGGUUUGGGUCCACAUAAUCCAAAAAAGAAGCAAGACCUGGAUAAGCUCUAUGACCUCAAGACUAAAGCUCAGCAGAUUAUGAACCAGUUUGGUCCGUCUACCUUGAUCAAUUUAUCAAACUUUUCUUCAAUCAAAGCAGAAGCAGGCAAUACUCCUCCUCAUAGUUCCAUGGCAAACAAUACCUCUGUGGCAAAGAUGCCUGGGACCCCUAGCAGUGGGGGACGCCUCAGUCCUGAAAGUAAUCAGAUAUUAACAAAGAAGAAACUGCAGGAUCUGGUUAGAGAAGUGGAUCCAAAUGAACAGCUGGAUGAAGAUGUAGAGGAGAUGUUGCUGCAGAUUGCUGAUGACUUCAUUGAAAGCGUGGUGACCGCUGCCUGCCAGCUUGCACGGCAUCGCAAGUCUAACACUUUGGAAGUAAAGGAUGUCCAGCUGCAUCUUGAACGCCAGUGGAAUAUGUGGAUCCCAGGUUUUGGCUCUGAAGAAAUCAGGCCCUACAAAAAAGCCUGCACUACAGAAGCUCACAAACAGAGAAUGGCAUUGAUCCGCAAAACAACCAAGAAAUAACUCUGGGAAAAGACAGAAAUCAAAAAGAAAAAAAAGAGACUCUUCUAAGAGAAAAAAAAAAGUCUGCCUCUGAAGCUGUGGAGUGUCCUUGAGGUCAUCUGUUGGAUAAUUAUUAUUUUUUUGCAAUGCUUCACAGAGAAGCAUAUAUUUUCACAGUGCAGCAAUAAAGGGUUAUUAGAGAA